GUGCAGCUCGGUGCCGCCUCUGGUUGGCUGGCGUGGGGUGACGUAAUGGCACAUGGCCCGUCGCCAUUGGCUGGGCGGCAAGCUCCGCCCCCUGGACUGCGGCGCGGGUGGGGGUUGUACGUUUUACGCAGGCUGUAGCAGCGACGCGGUGAGGAGACGGCCCACGGCGCCCGCGGACUGGGGCGGUCGCUUCUUCCUUCUCCGUGGCCUACGAGGGUCCCCAGCCUGGGUAAAGAUGGCCCCACGGCCCCCGAAGGGCCUGGUCCCGGCUGUGCUCUGGGGCCUGAGCCUCUUCCUCAACCUCCCAGGCCCCAUCUGGCUCCAGCCCGCUCCACCUCCCCAGUCUUCUCCCCCGCCUCAGCCCCAUCCGUGUCAUACCUGCCGGGGACUGGUUGACAGCUUUAACAAGGGCCUGGAGAGAACCAUCCGGGACAACUUUGGAGGUGGAAACACUGCCUGGGAGGAAGAGAAGUUGUCCAAAUACAAAGACAGUGAGACCCGCCUGGUAGAGGUGCUGGAGGGUGUGUGCAGCAAGUCGGACUUCGAGUGCCACCGCCUGCUGGAGCUGAGUGAGGAGCUGGUGGAGAGCUGGUGGUUUCACAAGCAGCAGGAGGCCCCGGACCUCUUCCAGUGGCUGUGCUCAGAUUCCCUGAAGCUCUGCUGCCCCGCAGGCACCUUCGGGCCCUCCUGCCUUCCCUGUCCUGGGGGAACAGAGAGGCCCUGUGGUGGCUACGGACAGUGUGAAGGAGAAGGGACACGAGGGGGCAGCGGGCACUGUGACUGCCAAGCCGGCUACGGGGGUGAGGCCUGUGGCCAGUGUGGCCUUGGCUACUUUGAGGCAGAACGCAACGCCAGCCAUCUGGUAUGUUCGGCUUGUUUUGGCCCCUGUGCCCGAUGUUCAGGACCUGAGGAAUCAAACUGUUUGCAAUGCAAGAAGGGCUGGGCCUUGCAUCACCUCAAGUGUGUAGACAUUGACGAGUGUGGCACAGAGGGAGCCAACUGUGGAGCCGACCAAUUCUGCGUGAACACUGAGGGCUCCUAUGAGUGCCGAGACUGUGCCAAGGCCUGCCUAGGCUGCAUGGGGGCAGGGCCAGGUCGCUGUAAGAAGUGUAGCCCUGGCUACCAGCAGGUGGGCUCCAAGUGUCUCGAUGUGGAUGAGUGUGAGACAGAGGUGUGUCCAGGAGAGAACAAGCAGUGUGAAAACACCGAGGGCGGUUAUCGCUGCAUCUGUGCUGAGGGCUACAAGCAGAUGGAAGGCAUCUGUGUGAAGGAGCAGAUCCCAGAGUCAGCGGGCUUCUUCUCAGAGAUGACAGAGGACGAGUUGGUGGUGCUGCAGCAGAUGUUCUUUGGCGUCAUCAUCUGUGCACUGGCCACGCUGGCUGCUAAGGGCGACUUGGUGUUCACCGCCAUCUUCAUUGGGGCUGUGGCGGCCAUGACUGGCUACUGGUUGUCAGAGCGCAGUGACCGUGUGCUGGAGGGCUUCAUCAAGGGCAGAUAAUCUCGGCCACCACUUGUAGGAUCUCCUCCCACCCACGCUGCCCCCAGAGCUUGGGCUGUCCUCCUGCUGGACACUCAGGACAGCUUGGUUUAUUUUUGAGAGUGGGGUAAGCACCCCUACCUGCCUUACAGAGCAGCCCAGGUACCCAGGCCCAGGCAGAGAAGGCCCCUGGGGUAAAAAGUAGCCCUGAAGGUGGAUACCAUGAGCUCUUCACCUGGCGGGGACUGGCAGGCUUCACAAUGUGUGAAUUUCAGAAGUUUUUCCUUAAUGGUGGCUGCUAGUGAGCUUUGGCCCCUGCUUAGGAUGAGGGGGUCCUCAUAGGGGUGGGGCCAUCACAGCCCCCUCCUGCCAGCUGCAUGCUGCCAGCUCCUGUUCUAUGUUCACCACAUCCCCACCCCCCAUUGCCACUUAUUUAUUCAUCUCAGGAAAUAAAGAAAGGUCUUGGAAAGUUAAAA